GGGCCGGCGCAUGCGCGUCGCCCCCCCUCGGCCGCGGGGAGGGGGAUGCGGACGGGGGAAGAUGGCGGCCUCGAACAACCCGCGGAAAUUCAGCGAGAAGAUCGCGCUGCACAACCAGAAGCAGGCGGAGGAGACGGCGGCCUUCGAGGAGGUCAUGAAGGACCUGAGCCUGACCCGCGCGCAUCGGCUACAGCUGCAGAAAACCCAGUAUUUGCAACUGGGGCAGAGUCGUGGCCAGUACUACGGGGGGUCACUGCCAAAUGUGAACCAGAUUGGGAACAGUGCCAUGGAUCUCCCCUUCCAGCACAACGGAGCUCUGGCUGAAGCCUUUGGAGCAGUUCCCGUCUCUUUGACUCCGUUCCAGUCGUCGGCGCUGGACACGAGCAGGACCACGCGGCACCACGGGCUGGUGGACAGAGUGUACCGGGACCGGAACCGCCUGGGCUCCCCCCACCGCCGGCCCCUCUCCGUGGAUAAGCACGGCAGGCAGGUGGACAGCUGCCCCUAUGGCACCGUGUACCUGUCACCUCCGUCGGACACGAGCUGGAGAAGGACGAAUUCUGAUUCUGCCUUGCACCAGAGCACCAUGACUCCAGCUCAGCAGGAGUCCUUUUCAGGAGGGUCACAGGACAUGCAGCAGAAAAGAGUUUUAUUGCUGACUGUCCCUGGAAUGGAGGAAACCACCUCUGAUGCAGACAAAACCCUCUCUAAGCAAGGCUGGGACACUAAAAAGACUGGGUCAUCGAGACCUAAAUCCUGUGAAGUUCCAGGAAUCAACAUCUUCCCAUCAGCUGACCAGGAGAACACUACAGCCUUGAUUCCUGCCACGCACAACACGGGCGGCUCUCUGCCGGACCUGACCAACAUCCACUUCCCGUCCCCCCUGCCCACGCCUCUGGAUCCCGAGGAAUCCACAUUCCCAGCCCUGAGCAGCUCCAACAGCACCGGCAACCUCGCUGCCAACCUGACUCACCUGGGCAUCAGCACUGCCAGCCAGGGAAUGACGACGACACCGGCCCCGUCCCAGCACCGCCAGCCCAGCGUCAGCCCCCUGUCCUUGGGCGCGGACUCGCGGCGACCUCAGUCCCAGCAAAUGUCCCCCACGCUGUCCCCGCUCUCACCCAUCACUCAGGCCGUGGCUAUGGAUGCAUUGUCCCUGGAGCAGCAGCUCCCCCCGUAUCCCUUUUUCACCCAGACCAGCUCCCAGCAGCAGCAGCAGGCACCAGUGGCCAGUUCCCUGCCCCAGACCCCCCCUCUGCUGCAGAGCUCGGGGCUGCAGAGGGGCCCCCAGCUCCCCCCUCUCUCCGUCACGGUACCUUCCACCAUCCCCCAGUCACCUCCAGGGAGCCAGAGCCAGCCCUCCAUGGGGAUAGACAUCAACUCGGCCUCACUCCAGCAGUACCGCAGUAAUGCUGGAUCCCCAGCCAACCAGUCUCCCACCUCUCCUGUCUCCAAUCAAGGCUUCUCUCCUGGCAGCUCCCCUCAACAUUCUUCCAUGCUGGGCAGUGUUUUUGGGGACUCCUAUUAUGAGCAGCAGAUGACAGCUAGGCAGGCUAAUGCCCUCUCCCACCAGCUGGAGCAGUUCAACAUGAUCGAGAACGCCAUCAGCUCCAACAGCCUGUACAGCCCCUGCUCCACCCUCAACUACUCCCAGGCUGCCAUGAUGGGACUGACGGGCAGCCACGGCAGCCUGCAGGACUCGCAGCAGCUCAACUACUCCAGCCACGGCAACAUCCCCAACAUCAUCCUGACAGUGACAGGAGAAUCCCCCCCCAGCUUAUCAAAAGAACUGACCAGCUCCUUGGCGGGAGUGGGGGACGUCAGCUUCGACACGGAUUCCCAGUUCCCUCUGGAUGAACUCAAAAUUGACCCUUUGACCUUGGAUGGACUGCACAUGCUCAACGACCCCGACAUGGUCCUCACCGACCCCGCCACAGAGGACACGUUCCGGAUGGACCGGCUGUGACUCCGGCCGGGCUCUUGCGGAGGAUCCGUCCCGGAGGAUCCGUCCCGGAGGAUCAGCCGGAGCAGCUGCUCCGUGUCCCCCUGUACAAUGAGUAACCACAGCUUGUUGUUCUGAGCUUGCCGCGCUGCCGAGCCCCCGUCCCCGUGGCGCCCAGCGAUGUCACCCCCGAGCCGCUCGUUGCCGUCCAGCAGUAAGGAGUUUCCCGGUUUUCCAGUUUUCCGUUGGCCUUUUCCUCUCCAGAGCCCCCCUUUCCCCCACCAAAGCCCCGGCGGGACGCUGUCCGUGUCUCUUUGCACUAGAGAAGGGGUUUGGGCAGCUGAGGAAGGGCAGGAGAUGCUGGCGAACACCGAAAUUUGGGGCUGGAGGGGCGAGCCCCGGCUGUGCCCCCUCCUCUCUCCCGGAUUGGGAAGCAAAUCCCUGCAUUGCCACCCCCUGGAAUUGUGACUGUGCUUUGUGACACUGUUCCUCCCUCGAGGUGUCCCCAGGUGUGUCCCCAACCUCUUGUCCCUCCCUCCUUUCCCAGCAAUCCCGGCAAAGCGGAGCCGCCGCC